AUGACGCCGGAGAAAUUUGACAAACUUCUCAGAAAGUUUGAUGCAGAAGUUAAGAAAAGAGACGGAACGGAUUAUGAACCAGAUUCCCUGAGAAUAAUGCAGAGUGCCAUUGAGCGUUAUCUCAAGGAAAAUGGUUACAAAACGUGUGUCGUGCGAGACAGAGAGUUUCGGAACUCGUAA